AUGGAUCCCCCCAAAGGACAUCAUCAGCGAACGCAUCGCCCUGAGCAGGCGUUCGCAGAGAUGAAGCAAGACCCUAUUGCUACACCGCAGGCGAUGCCCAAGACCACACAGGAGUUCAAGGAACCUGUCAUCUCGGGAAGGAUCCUUCACCCUCGAACAGGAGAUGCCCCAGUCAAGACACCAGAUGAUGAUCAUGAACAAGCAAAAGAUUCCUUGAUCAAGAUUGACAAACCUGGUCCUGAUAUGGCAACUCGUUUUGAAGACCAGAAGGUCGCUACUGGUGUCAAUCGGAAACAAUCCUCCGAGGAUACCGAUAUUCCCUUGGCCCCUAAAAUCAAUCCCACUGGGCCAUCCAUCAAGGUUGAGAGACCCGAUCCUGAUCUCGCAGCUAGCAUUAUCAAACAGGAUGCCGCUACUGAUGUGAAAGAAGAUCCAUCUUGCGAAGAUACUGAGAUGCCAUUGGCCCCCAAAAUCGAUUCUACUGAGCCAUCCAUCAAGGCUGAGAAACCUGAUCCUGAUUUGGCAGCUGACCUUGAAGACCAAAAGGCAACUACUAGUGUUAAACAUGAUCCACCUUGCGAGGAGGAUACUAAGAUGCUUUUUGCUUCCAAGCUCGAUCCAACUGAGCCAUCGGUCAAGGUUGAGAAGGUUGAUCCUGAUUUAGCAGCUAGCAUUGGGGAACGGAAUUCCGCUACCGGUGUCAAGCAAGAGCCAUCUUGUGAGGAUGCUAAGAUGCCAUUGGCCCCCAAACUCGACCCAAAUGAGCUGACGGCCAAUGUUGACCACUCUGACUCGAAAUGCAGUCUCAGCCCCUUCGAUUCCAAAGAUCUUUUGGAAGAGAAAUGCACUCCGAGCUCCCUUGAUGUUUCAGACAUAAAGCCACAAGGCCAGCUCUGCCUAUUAUGCUUCAAGCAAUGGGGGGGAAACUGA